ACACACACGCACACAAUACACUACACACACACGGCAUUCACACAGGCACACAUACACACACACAGCACACGCACAGCACACACACAGACACACAUACACAUACACACACACACACACACACACACACACACACAUACACAGCACAUACACACACACACAGCACACACACACACACACACACACACACAAUACACUACACACACACAGCACACACACAUACAAAGCACACAUACACACAAUACACUACACACACACAUACACACACAAUACACUACACACACAGACACACACACACACACACACACACACAAUACACUACACACACACAGCACACACAUACACACACACACACACACACACACAAUACACUACACACACACAUACACACACACAGACAGUUGGAUAUAUCUUCAGCCGGCAAAGUGUUAGUGUCAACCUCUGUACCAGCUGCAGAUUGAAGACUACGGAGGAUCAACACGGUUUUUCAGCCCGUCAACAUGGCACUCGUCUUCCUCCUCCUCUUCCUCCCCCUCUCGCACCGCUCCAAUGCCAUGACUGGUUGCCAUAGUGACCGUGACAAGGACCACCGCCCCCGGGUCAACUGCACGGCAACCAGCCUUAGUGACGUCCCCGCCAGCAUUGACACAACAACCAAGGUACUGAUCUUCGCCCAGAACCAGUUCUCCAGUCUAACCUGGUCCUCCUAUAGUCACUUCCCAGAGCUCUAUGAGAUAGAUCUGAGCCACAACGCAGUUCCAGAGGUUCCCCUGUCCUCCGGCCCGGUUCUCCCCACCCUGGGGGUUCUACGCCUGGUAGGGAACCGCAUUAGAACCCUGCCCCCUCACUCCUUCAGAGCCACGCCGGGCCUGCUAGAACUCUAUUUGGACCAGAACGUCCUGGAGACACUAGACGACCUGUCCUUCUCUGGGCUCAGGCUGCUACAGAUCCUGGAACUUUCUCAGAACCGUAUCUCUGUUCUGCCCCCUCUGAUGUUUCACUCCCUCCCGGCCAUCGAAACCCUGGUUCUAGAGCAGAACCGCAUCAGAACCAUGCCUGACCAGUGGUUCUCUGCCAAACCUGACGUUCCCUACACCUACCUGUCGCAGAACCCCUGGGCCUGCUUCUGUAAGGUGGGUUACCUGAAGAAACACCUGGAUGAUCAGGGCUUCAACGUGUACACGAGGGAUGGAAUAAUCAUCACCCCGGACGAAGAGAGUGUUACCUGUGCCACGCCUCCCUCCCUGGCCGGCCGACCAAUCGUGGGGCUGGAGGAUGAGGAGUACUGCUCACCUGUUGCUGAACCCGAUGGCCCCCCUGGAGACUCUGAACCUCAACUUACCCCGACACUACCCCCCACCACCACUACUACCAGAACUACCACCACAGGAGCCACAAACACAGUUCCUACUACCUUCCCCACCACUACUACUCCUACUACUACUACUACUCCUACUACCACUACUACUCCUACUACUACUACUACUCCUACUACCACUACUACUCCUACUACCACUACUACUCCUACUACCACUACUACUCCUACUGUGGUACCCACUACUUCUACUACCACUACUCCUGCUACUACUACUACUGCUACUACUACUGGUGUACCCACUACUCCUGCUACCACUACUACUACUGUGGUACCCACUACUACCACCACAGCUACCCUGAAACCCACCACCCCUCAUCUACACCCUACCGACCCCACUCACCUGCCCCUCCUGGUGAACGAGUCAGUCACAUGGUCUUGGUGGGAGAUAGUGACCAUCCUGGUGGAGUGGGAGGAGAGCAGGGAGGGGACAGAGGAGGGGAGGGUUGGGGGAGGGAACAGCUGGGAGCAUCAUGGUCUCUAUAGAGGAUUUACCAGACUCUCACCACACCCUACCAUGACCACAACCGUCACACCUAGAGCCCCAACUCAACCCCCUAGAACCCCAACUCAACCCCCUAGAACCCCAACUCAACCCCCUAGAACCCCAACUCAACCCCCUAGAACCCCAACUCAACCCCCUAGGACCCCAACUCAACCACCUAGGACCCCAACUCAGCCACCUAGGACCCCAACUCAACCCCCACCACCUAGGACCCCAACUCAACCCCCACCACCUAGGACCCCAACUCAACCCCAACCACCUAGAUCCCAGACCCUGACCGCCCCAGUGACCACAGUCAGACAGGUUGGAGGUUCAGGUCCCUGGGGGGAUCGGCUGGGACGGGGGGGUGGUAGCGCGGCGGGAGGCAGAGCUGUGUUCUGCUGGUGGCUGUUUGCAGGGUGUGUGUUGUUGUGUGUUCUGUCUGGGGGGUGGGUGUGUGUGAGCGGCCUAUGGCUAUGGAGGAUGUAUAGGACUGUCUACAGGCCUCUACUGAACAGGGGGAGAGGUGGGGGAGGGAGGGGAGUCAGGCUGCUCAGGUUCAAAUGCCACGAGGGGGGAGACAAGGGGGAGGUCAAUGGGGAGAACGGGGGAGUCAAAGCCAUAUCCCUGCCUCUAGGAGGAGGGGGUGGAGGAGGGGGGCUUCCAGAGCUAAGUAACUCGCCACCCAUCGAAGAUAAAUACCUUCCCCUAAACCUGGAGGCUCUCCACUACAGAGAUAAAUACCUUCCCCUAAACCUGGAGGCUCUCCACUACAGAGAUAAAUACCUUCCCUUAAACCUGGAGGCUCUCCACUACAGAGAUAAAUACCUUCCCCUAAACCUGGAGGCUCUCCACUACAGAGAUAAAUACCUUCCCCUAAACCUGGAGGCUCUCCACUACAGAGAUAAAUACCUUCCCCUAAACCUGGAGGCUCUCCACUACAGAGAUAAAUACCUUCCCUUAAACCUGGAGGCCCUCCACUACAGAGAUAAAUACCUUCCCCUAAAUCUGGAGGCUCUCCACUACAGAGAUAAAUACCUUCCCCUAAACCUGGAGGCCCUCCACUACAGAGAUAAAUACCUUCCAUUAAACCUGGAGGCUCUCCACUACAGAGAUAAAUACCUUCCCUUAAACCAGGAGGCUCUCCACUACAGAGACAAAUACCUUCCCCUAAACCUGGAGGCUCUCCACUACAGAGAUAAAUACCUUCCCCUAAACCUGGAGGCUCUCCACUACAGAGAUAAAUACCUUCCCUUAAACCUGGAGGCUCUCCGCUGCAGGAGAUAA